AGGGAGAGAUGUGAUAUAAAAUUAUUCUACUUAACUGACAAGGGGGCAAAUUUAUCACAUACAUACAGGGUCAGCUAUAGGUUGUCUUAACUCAGGAAGAUUACCACCCAAAGGUCAGGGACGACCCAGAAUCUGUACAGAGGACAUUUGUAACUAUUUUUGCCACUCAUAACCCUACGUGGCAAGAUAUCCAAGUUCUUUUAAAAACUCAACUUUCUGAGAAAGAAAGGAAACAAGUGCUCAGUCGAGCUCAGGAUUCUAUAGGUGAUUUACCCCCUCCGCCACCAGGACGGAAUGCCCUGAAAGCAGGAGAUGUAACCGGGGGUGAUCCUAACUGAGAUUACAACAAUGCUGGAGAUCAAUGUAAGUUAACCUCUUUCAAGACUGUAAUUUUAGACGGAAUCAAGAAGGCUGGGCAAAGAACUACUAAUUGGAGGAAAGUAACUUCUGUCCAUCAAGGCCCAGAUGAACACCCCUCAGAUUAUUAUGAAAGACUAAUGAAAGCUCCUAGGUUGUUUGGGGGUUUAGAUCCUGAGGCAGAAGCAAACGUGCCAGUGAUAAGAGGAUUGUUUGAAGACCAGGCUGUGGAAGAUAUAAGGAGGAGAUUAAAUGAUGUGGAAGGAUUUGCAGGGAUGCCUCUCUCUCAGGCCUGGUCUACACUAUGGGUUUAGGUCGACUUUAGCAGCGUUAAAUCGAAUUAAGCCUGGACACGUUCACACGACGAAGCCCUUUCUUUCGACUUAAAGGGCCCUUUAAACUGGUUUCUUUACACCACCUUCGACGAGGGGAUUAGCGAUAAAAUCGGCCUUUGCGGGUCGGAAUUGGGGUAGUGUGGACGGAAUUCGACGUUAUUGGCCUCCGGGAGCUAUCCCACAGUGCUUCAUUGUGACCGCUCUGGACAGCACUCUCAACUCAGAUGCACUGACCAGGUAGACAGGAAAAGACCCGCGAAUGUUUGAUUUUCAUUUCCUGUUUGUCCAGCGUGGAGAGCACAGGUAACCAUGCAGAGCUCAUCAGCACAGUAACCGAGAUGGAGUUCCAGGAUCACAAAAGAGCUCCAGCAUGGACCGAACGGGAGGUAUGGGAUCUGCUCGCCAUAUGGGGAGAUGAAUCAGUGCUAGCUGAACUCCGUAGCAGUAAAAGAAAUGGCAAAGUAUUAGAAAAGGUCUCCAAGGCCAUGAAGGACCGAGGCCAUAACAGGGACACACAGCAGUGCCGUGUGAAAAUUAAGGAGCUACGGCAAGCCUACAACAAAGCCAGAGAAGCAAAUGGAAGGUCCGGGGCAGAGCCGCAAACUUGCCGCUUCUACGCGGAGCUGCAUGCCAUUCUAGGGGGUGCAGCCACCACUACCCCAACCGUGUGCUAUGACUCCGUCAAUGGAGAAACACACAGGGAAGAGGGUUUGGGGAACAAGGAAGAUGAGGAUGGAGGUAAUGUAGGUAGCUCACAGCAGCAAGGAAGCAGAGAAACCGGUUUCCCCAACAGCCAGGAUAUGUUUGUCACCCUGGACCUGGAACCAGUAACCCCGAACUCACCCAAGACCCUGAGGGCACACAGGAGACCUCUACUGCAAAUGUUUCUCCUUCGCAGAGGCUAGUGAACAUUAGAAAGAGAAAACGGAGGACGCGGGACGAUAUGUUCACGGAGCUCCAGAUGUCCUCCCACGCUGAUAGAGCACAGCAGAAUGCGUGUAGGCAGUCAAUGUCAGACAUGAGAAAAGCACAAUAUGAACGAGAGGAGAGGUGGCUGGCUGAAUGGCGGGAUGAAGAGAGCAAGUGGCGGGCUGAAGAUGAUAGGUGGCGUCAGCUUGCAGACAGAAGGCAAGAGUCAAUGCUCCGUCUGCUGGAGCAUCAAAGUGAUAUGCUCCAGCGUAUGGUUGAGCUGCAGGAAAGGCAGCAGGAGCAGAGACCGCCGCUACAGCCCCUGUGUAACCAACAGCCCUCCUCCCCAAGUUCCAUAGCCUCCUCACCCAGACACCCAAGAACACGGUGGGGGGGGCCUCCGGCCACCCAGUCACUCCACCCCAGACGAUUGCCUAAGCAUCAGAAGGCCAAUUAUCCCCGUACUUGUGUGAGGAAUUAAUAAAGAAUGCAUGAAU